CGCUUGGUUAGUGGCGGAUAGUGAGGUUCCCUCCGCCAGACAGGGAACCACCACUUUGUAUAGACGUCAACACUCAAAACAUCGAGAGUUAAGCUUAACAUGCUCUGUAUUCUACACACUCUCACCCGCCUGUCCGUCAGACGCGCCAAAGCAACACCCUGUGCCCAACAAAUCCGUUCUUACUGUCGCCACAAAAAAGCACUAAUGCUCCCAGAGAGGAGCUGUUUCUGUCAUAGGCUAGACUUAAUCCUGUUCGCCACGUCAAGUCCUGUCACCCGGGCACUCAGCUGGUCUUACUGCAGGAGCUAAAGGCGAUUAGUCAUUAUCAUUGAUCUGCUUCUCUUCUGUACAGUGUGAAAACUUUUUUUUUUUCCACGGGUACUAAUGUCACCGUGUGAUUAAUAAGUAUAUAGAGAUGUGAGAUAAGCCACCUCCAUGCGAUGUUUAACUAAGAGUAUUUCAUUCUCUCGUCUCUUACUUCCCUCGGCGGCCACUAGAUGGCAGUGUUGUCCACGGCCGCCAGCCGCGCCUCCCUCUCUCAUCGGAGGUAAAUGCCACGUACUUCCACUCACUUUCUUUUCAGUUGCUUCUUCAUACUUUAUAAUCGCAAAAAGUGUCCGAUUCUAUCCUUUUACGGUGUAGUGAUGUCUCUAGUGGCACGAAGAUUUACGCUAAUGGCUACCAUAUAUCAUAAAUAUUGUGUCACCAUCAUGCGUUAAAAAACCCUCUAAAUUUCAUCAGAUUUCAUGGAGCAGCAGAUGGGCGGGGCUAUCGUAUGUAACGAGUGCGAUGAUUGGCUAUUACGACAAGUGACAUCAUCUGAAUUUCAAUAUCUCUUUUCAAUGUGAUUUUUCUCUGACAUGCCAUUUUUACAUUAGGGUAUUGGCGCGGCAUGAGCAGAUUGUUAGAAAGCGGGCUGAUACACGCGAGCAAGCAUUCAUGUGCAGUCUGUCAGAAAGUAGGCUGUCGACACACCCUUGGGCGACCACUUAGGCUUGGUAGUCGCGUGUUCCACCCAACCCUCCGCUGGCAGGUCCGUCCCUUCCUCCACCCGCUGACCACCUUCAUCAUCGCCCAGUGACCGCUCAGCAUUAUUGUGCGCCAGUCACGUUGAAGGAUAUAUUUGAAGUCAAGAGCGAGUAAGUUAACAAGGACAGAAGAGGACAUAAGGAGUCAAUAAGAGCCCGAGUUGUAACCACGACUAACUCAGACUCAGAGGAGGGCUGACCACCUCUUUUGUGACUUGACCACCCACGUGUCUUGUGCUUCGCGACUACUGUCACCGCCCUGAAAGAAAACGGAGUGAACAAGUGUCCUUGGCGGGAGGCGAGCGUGAAUCAUCGUCACUCGUCCCUCACGCGGGUAGACAAUGGUGCUCUAACAGGCGAGCGGUACAGCCUAAUUGCGUUGUGAAGUAGACUCUCUUCACCUCCAUCGAUUUAAACUCUUCCGACGUGUGAACCCUAAGUCACCGCGUCACUCGGCCUCCACGCCCACCGACAUGUUCAACCUUUCGGAGCUGGGCACGCUGGAGACGCCCUCAGGGGCAUCGCCGGCAACCUCCCUCACCUCGACUUCAGCCUCCAGCACCACGACUACAACCUCUAAAUCAGAGGACCACGUGAAGAGACCCAUGAAUGCAUUUAUGGUGUGGUCAAGAAUUCAGAGGCGAAAGAUUGCUCUGGAGAAUCCUAAAAUGCACAAUUCUGAAAUUUCCAAAAGACUGGGAGCUGAGUGGAAGCUUCUGACAGACUCCGAGAAGCGGCCCUUCAUCGACGAGGCUAAAAGGCUCAGGGCGCAGCACAUGAGGGACUACCCAGACUACAAGUACCGGCCCCGCAGGAAGCCCAAGACCCUCAAGAAGGACGGCUACCCCUACAGCUUCCCCUACCUGCCCACCGCCCUCGAUCCACUAAGCGCCAUGUCUCGUGGAAUGUACUCCCAUCACUUCCCACCCGCGCUGACCCACAUGACAGCCGCUAUGGGAGGUAUGGGUGCGAUGAGCAGCAUGGGUGCCACCCUCCCCGCCCACGCACCGUCAGACUACCAGGCAACGCUCGACUCCGAGAAAAUGCGAGCUGCUUUCCUUCCCACCUCGCUCAGUAGCCUGAGCGCCUUCCAGUCCCACGCCCUUUAUACCUCAAUGGCCGCGGCUCAACAGAAUAGUCAGUCCCACACUCCCACACCAACGCCAACACCCACAUCCCCGGAGAGCACCUCGACCCACACGGCUCUGUCCACCACCCUAGCGGCUCCUGUGGCCAAGUUAGCGCAAGCCCCGCAGGAUGAGCGACGCGCCUCCCCGCCUGCCACCACCUCGAGCUCGUCACCUCCAUAUAUGCCACCGUCACCCUUCUCUGCCCUGUACACGGCCCCUAACACUCUCGCACCGGGUCACCCACUGCUGUACCCUGCCCAAUACCCGCCGAUUACCACACCUACACAAGACUUACGGCGUCCUCUCUCCGUCCUCUUCUCGUAGAUUUCUAUGAAAUCUGACUGCCUCCAAUGAAGUCUGCCAUAUGCUGCUGCAACACCCAAGCCUUCCACAGACUAAAAAUAAGUAAGGACGAGAAAGAAGACCUGAACCGUUGGCUUGAUCCACAGACUGUCUCAACGUUUCCAACAGGAUCACAACAGUCCACCAUUCUGCUACCCAUGCAAGGACCAAGGUGACGCUCAUCACCCACGAAUUCCAGCACAAGAUGACAACAUGCUACAUGUGGAAUCUUGGAUCAAAUACUUAGUGAAAAUUCAAACUUGGUAGUAAUCCAGCCGACUUAUCACUUAUCCACGUGAAAGUCUGUUUUCUGUAAAUAAACUCAGGACUGGCUAUUGUGUAAAUACAGCGACUGGCCCUUCGCAGCCCGCGGCCAAACAAGGGACUCAACUUGACAGUAGAAAAAAAUUAAGAAAAUAAAGAACAAGUGAAAUAUAUUCUGAUGAAUAUGGAAAACCAAUGUACAAUGUACAAUGGUGGUGAAUAGCUUUUCAAGGAUUCGGAAGAAGCAUUUACCUAGAAUGCUAGUGUGUGUGUGUGUGUGUGUGUGUGUGUGUGUGUGUGUGUGUGUGUGUGUGUGUGUGUGUGUGUGUGUGUGUGUGUGUGUGUGUGUGUGUGUGUGUGUGUGUGUGUGUGUGUGUGUGUGUGUGUGUGUGUGUGUGUGUGUGUGUGUGUGUGUGUGUGUGUGUGUGUGUGUGUGUGUGUGUGUGUGUGUGCGUGUGUCAAAUUGAAAUGAACUUCCAGUUUAUAUAAUAAGAAUAUUAAUGUUGUUUGAAUAUAUGUGUACUGCGGAUUUGAGUUGGGAGUUUAUAGUCUCGCGUUCGAUAUAAAAAUAUUUUAUCAUCAGAAAAGGUGUAAGCAUAUUUUAAGGGCUCCAGUCCACCUACGCUGCAAACCGCAUUACCUUUUUAUUUCUUCCUUGCCAGGAAACGGGAUCAUACUUCCUCCUGUCGUGUUCUCCUCCUCACUGUACUUUCCAUUCAUUGACGCACAACGCGCGUGGCCUGUGUGACAACAGUGCUUGGUUAGUGGCGUCUGUAGCAGCAACGUACCAGUCACUUCUCUUUGGUUUAAGUACAGUGCGGACGUGUUAGUCUUGUAUAUAGUUUUGUAAUUUUUUUCAUCAUUAUCAUUUUUUUUUUGUUUAUUCUUAUUUAUUUAUCUUUGCCAUUACUGUAACACUUAUGAUUAUGAUCAGAGGUGAUGACAGGGUGGUAAUGGAAGCAUGGUGGUGCCCCGUGUCCACCUGCUGUCUGUCUGGCAGGUUAAGGUGUUAUUUGAUGUCUAGUCGCAUUUUCGUGAAAGAAAAUACAGAAUUCUGGUGUAUAUAGAUUUUGGGCUAUGAAUCUCACUGGACUCUCUUCAGCCAAGCAAGUGUCGUGUGUAGUGUAGUGGAGUGUAUAGUGUGCCCUGUGGUGAUCAUCCCUUCGGAAGUGCUGACUGGGAGGGAUGUUCCAAGAGCACAGAGGAACCUGACUGUAUAAUAGUCAAUCUCAGUAUAGUAUUAUAUUUGUAUCUUUUUUUUUUUUUUUUUUUGUCUUGACAAGCUCAGUGGGUGCGUGAAGAAGCCGGCGGUGGUGUCCUUGUGAAUGGGAGUUGGUUACGUUCGCCCCUUGUACAACAAUGUUACUUUUCCAUAAAAGUAUGUAAUUUACAUGAUUUAUUAUGAUAAAAUAAAUAAACUAUUUGGAUGUUCAUUAUUGCUAAAAACAACCACUGAAAACAAACGAGGGAGACCACGGAUAUAUGAAUAUUUAGGCGUGGCUUUCUGGUUCUCUUCUACAGAAUGCCUCCCGCUGCCUCUAAACUAUGGUUUGUCUUGUGCGCUGCAGAAGACAACAAAGUCUUGCGGUCACCUGGCUUUCAACAUCAGAGAAUGCAAGUGCAUGCCGAAGGAAUACCAAAUUUUGCCCCUUAUCUAUAAGCUGAAUAAAAUAAGACUUGUAUGAUGUCUUCACGUUAUCCCAGGGGCCUGCUGCUGCCAUCCGCCACGACACAGAUCCACAGCUAGGACUUCUUCGUGGUGUGAAAUUUGACGAUAAUGAAAUAUAUGUUAUUACUGUGUCGAAUAAAAUAACAAGGAAAA